CCAACAAAAUCUCAUCGCCUGUACUCACGGAAACGAGAAGUCAUGCACUUUCAUCACAUCAUCCUAAGUUCUUGUUUUUUAAAAAGAAAACACAAUCAGCAGUUUUCAAUAACAGACACAGAAAAUACACCCUGUUUUGAAGAGAAACAGAAGAUUCUCAAAAAGAGGAAGUAAGAUAUAUUUGCUCUCCUGCAGAAAUUUAACUCUGUUUUUCUUUUUUGCAUUCAUAUUGGUCACACACAGCAGGAAUAUCUCAGCCAUGUUCAGCAAAAAGCAAAGAAACUCUCAGUUUCUGACUUUAGUCUCAUGUCUGUUGAGCUCAUUUGCCUCAGGUCAGAUCAGGCUGGUUGGAUCUGGAUCGACUCGCUGCUCUGGAAGAGUUGAAGUCCUACACGAUGGAGUCUGGGGAACAGUCUGUCACGACAAGUGGGAUCUAAAUGAUGCAAAAGUGGUCUGCAGACAGUUGUCCUGUGGGACAGCUCUACAUGCCCCUAAAUCAGCUCUUUUUGGUCAAGGAUCAGACAAAAUCUGGCUGGAUGAUAUGGAGUGUUCAGGCAGUGAAAGCUCAUUGACACAGUGUGGUCACAACGGUUAUGGAAAACAUAACUGUAAUCAUGGGGAAGAUGCUGGUGUAAUCUGCUCAGAAAGUCUUGUAAAGCCCAGCAUCUCCAUGGAUCCUGUUGGAGAGGUCUCCUGGGGUCAGGAACUCAGAAUCACCUGUUCCACUGCAGCUGAACUUUUAGGAGAAACCUUUUUUCUCCAGAAGAUCUCAGGUUCCUUCAGACAGACACAAAUUUCUGCCAGCCGCGCUGCAACCUUCAACAUCUCUAAAGUGAAUUUUGAUCAUGACGGAUCGUACCUGUGUCACUACGAGAAAACAGUUUCUGGUCAAACGUUCACUUCACCUCUAAGUGACCUACUUAAUGUUACUGUGAACCUCCUAAAGCCCAGACUCUCUGUGAGUUUUACUAAUGUUUCCUGGGGUCAGAGAUUUGGAUUCACUUGUUUAAUUCCAACUCAAGUCCUUGGUGGAACUUUCAUCCUGAUGAAUACUCAGAGUUCAUUUAAGGAGACUCAAACCUCAAGGAACAAUUCUGCCAACUUUGCAAUCUCCAAAGCUGACAUUGAAAAUGAAGGGUUGUACCAGUGUCAGUAUCAGAAAAAAGGACCACAUGGAAAUUUCACUUCGUCAUUAAGCAACUCUGUCAGAGUUUCUGUAAACGUGAGCCUACAGGCGCCCAACAUCUCACUAACUUCUCCUGGAGCAGAGUUGGUCUGGGGUCCUGGAGAAGCAGAGAUCACUGGUGGUCUGAACUUUACCAUCACCUGCUCCAUUAACCCUGAAUCUCCUCAGGGUCAUUUCUUUCUCUUCAUUUCUGGAUUCAACAUGACUACCAACAGCCCAGCAGUCAACAACACAGCGUCCUUUACCUUUCCUGUGGCCGAGUUAAAACACCAGGGUAACUACAGCUGUUUGUACCAGGUUACCCUGUCUGGACGCACUGUGGCCUCUGCUGAGUCAGCACCCAUCACUGUUGCUGUGAGGCAAUCUUUGCUGCUGCUGAUCUGUACAGUAUUUGGUGGAAUCCUGCUCCUGUUGCUCUUCGUCUUGUUCCUGGUCUAUCUCGUCCACAGGAGAAGAAAACCCAAACAGCCAGCGGUUCUUUUCCAGACUCAAAGGUUCACCAGAGAGGACCGAGGGAUUUGUGAGGCAGAACACGAAAAUCUUCCAGGAGAACCCUUUCCAUCUCAACCUACGAACAAAGCAGAUGAAGACAAAGGAAUUGAUUAUGGAGAUGAGACAAAUCUUAAUGAAGAAUUUAGUCCACCAUCAUUAAUGUAGAGCACGAGUGCUAAGAAUGAAAAACAGAGGAAAAAAAGGAGGAAAACAAAGAAACCAGCGAUGACAAAACCUACUGUAACAUUGUGACUUUGCCUGUCCAGUAAACUGUUCAGUUAUGGUUUAAUCUGGCUCUGAUUUAGGAUUUACAGCUUUGUUUGGUUUGUUCCCAGAUCCAAGACUUUUGCUUAACCCUUUAACACCAGAGCUUUAGUUCCAGUGUUGACAUUCCAUGACUUACUGUGACUCUUUAACCAUUUAUGUAAUAAACAUAAUUGCAACAGAU